GUUACCAGAAACAAAAGCCACAGAGUCCGCACGGUUUAGGAGAAGAAACAACAGAGAAAAGAGGUGAUCGUUUUUGGGUUUUGCAGAGAGGCCUGCUACUGCUCUGGUUUUUUAGGGUUUCUUUUCCUCCUUUGAAGCAACCCUAAAUAAACGAAGAGGGAUACCAUACAACGGUGGACAGUAGCCGUGAAAAAUACAUACCACGAUUUGUCCCAUAAUGCUAAGCUAAAACAUCCAUUCAAGAUCAUUCCAAGUGACACCCCAUAGUUAUAAGAACAUCAAUGGGGGUGAUAAAAGAUGGGACUAUUGCGGGAGUUUUACCAAAUAACAAGCUCUUUGCAGUUAACUAUCCUGGUUACCCUUCGUCUAUGGAACGUGCCCUGGUGACUCUUGGCGGAGCUGAAGGAAUUGCCAAGGUUCGCCAGUCGCCAUCAAACAAUUUAGAACUUCAUUUCCGCCCAGAAGAUCCAUACUCACAUCCUGUAAUCGGAGAGCGUUUCCCUUGUAACAACUUUCUAUUGAAGAUAUCAAAACAUAAUACGAAGGGAAGUCAAUCUGAAACCGAUUCAAGUGCUCAUUUGAAGGAAGAUGAGGCUCUAUCACAAGGAUCAGAAGAUAAGAUUUAUGCCAAUAUAAUUGGUUGUGUGCCGGAAGCAUAUUACUUUAAUGGAAUGGUAGAUUACCAGCACGUUCUUGCUGUUCAUGCUGACAUUGUGCAAAGAAAGAAGAGAAAUUGGGCUGAUGUGGAACCACAAUUUGAGAAACGUGGUCUUAUCGACGCCGAUCAAGAGGAUUUGAUGAUUUUAUUGCCCCCUCUUUUCUCAGUGAAAAAUAUACCAGAGAAUGUGGUGUUGAAACCAUCUAUUGAUUCCAGCACGAAAAAGAAACAAGAGGGAGCUAUGCAAUACCCCGAGAUGGAAAUAGAGCGAAGCCUUGGAAUUGAUUUCCGCAUCAAAGAUGUUCCUAAGAAAGUAAAGUGGGAAAUGUUCAUACAAGAAGGUACAGAUGAUUGGAAUUACCAAAUGGCCGUAUGUGAGUUGUUUGAUGAGCGGCCCAUAUGGAUCAAACAAUCUUUGUCUGAGCAUUUGUCUGACAAAGGUCUUAAAAUCGGCGACAACACUAUGAAAAUGCUUCUGUUCGUGGCUGCUUAUUAUUUUUCAAAUGGGCCGUUUCUUAAGUUUUAUAUCAGAAGAGGAUAUGAUCCACGGAAAGAUUCAGAGUCUCGCAUAUAUCAGAGGAUCGACUUCAGAGUACCACCAGCCUUGCGAUCCUAUUGUGAUAAGGGCAUAGCAUCUGGGUCGAAGCAUAAAUGGGAAGAUUUAUGCGCGUUUCGAGUUUUCCCUUACAAAUGUCAAACAUCAUUUCAGCUUUACGAACUUGCUGAUGACGACAUUCAACAAGAGAUUAGAAAGCCUUCGACUCAACCAACCUGCACUUUGGCGACAGGUUGGUUCCCAACACACGUCCUUGAUAUCUUGAGGUUAUCUGUUUCCUUGAGGUUCCUAUCCGUAUAUCCAGAUCCUGGUGCAGAGAGCCUUUUGAAAUCAGCUUCUUUACGUCUUGGAAAGUUGAAAAGAACAAAACCGGUGAUAAAAGAACAAACAGUUAACGAAGAGGAGCAUCAACAACUAAAUAGAGAGAAUGUAAUUACCGAAGAAAAGGAAAUGAGCAGCGAUGAGGAUGAUGAUGGCGUUGAUGAUGAUGAUGAUGAUGAUGAUGUAGAAGAUGAUAUGGAGGAUGAGAAUGCAGAUGAAGAUUUUGACGCAUAUGCAGGAUUAGAUAUGGCUGGUGAUGGGACUGAUUUCUUACCAGAAUCAUCUUAUGCAAACCAAGAGAACAUUUCAAAGAGUUACUUGCAAGAACUCUUUGGUAGUUUUCCAUACAACGGAGGCAGCAACAACGAGUUCCAAGAUGCUGAAAACAGUGACGGAGAAUAUCAGAUAUACGAUCAACACAGUGAUGACGAAAACUACUCCAAUGACGAUAACUAAUAUUCUUUACAAGAACUUCCUUAGAGGUUUGAAUCUUUUAGCAUUUUGGUGUUCUCUUGAGCUUCAAAUGCAUAUAUAGUGUUCAGAUUGUGCCAUAAUGCCAUCACUAUGAAUUAGAGUUCAAUCAGAUAGUGAUUGGCCCUAGCGGUAUCUGGGUUAUUGGUAGAUCCCAGCCUUCCUGAAGCUGUCAAGGGUUGCGUAUAAUUUUAUAUAUACAUCAAAAGAAACCCGGAAAGUAUUGGAGUUCAAUUAUGAAAUAGUAUUGAGCAUAAGGGUUUCUUGCAUUUCUAAUAUCCUGACACCGAAAGUGGAAAUGCAAAAUUACUCCCU